AUGUCUGCAGCAACAGCAUCCAGCGAGGCAUCCACGUCGCAGCUCGCACCACCCUCUCAACCCUCCCAGGCCACCUCGAACGGCACCUCCGUCACAGAAGAUGAAGCGGCGCUGUACGACCGUCAGAUCCGUCUUUGGGGUCUCGCCGCACAGACUCGUCUGCGCUCGGCGCACAUCCUCAUCGUCGGCUGGAACGGUCCUGCGACGGAAAUCAUCAAGAACGCCGUCCUCUCCGGCGUCGGUAGCAUCACCAUCCUGGACCCAUCCCCCAUCGAUGCACGGGUGGAUCUUCUCUCCAACUUCUUCUUCCGGGCUGAAGAGGCCGGCUCGCUCAAGUGCAGUCGGGGCCCAUUGGAUCGCGUCCGGGCACUCAACCCGAACGUCAGAGUCACCGGCAUCGACGAUGUUGCCGACUACACGACGCUACUAGCGGGGGGCGAAGCGUCGGUGGCGUGGCUCACGGAGCGCUCUGUGGAUGUGGUCGUAGCCGGCACACCUCUACCUACACCCACCCAAACCGGACUCAUGCAAACCCUCGUCACCCUCAACACCACCACCCGGUCUGCAGGGUCAAAAUUCUUCCUUUCCGCAACCUACGGUCUUGGCGGGCUGUAUUUCGCAGAUCAGAUCGAGCACGAUUACGUCCUGGAGCGACCCAUUCCAUCCUCGACCGAAAAGGUCCGGGUGAAACGACGUCAGACCUUCCCCACCCUGACCGACUCUUUGGGUACAACGUUUGCAGGACUGACAGAGAGGCAGAAACGACGCACGCGAUUGCCGCUGGACUGGUUCGUCUUCCUCUCCCUCACCGACCUGCGCGAUCGUCUGCACCCGCAUGGCGCAGAUACAUCCAUCACGCCGGACGCCCUCAAGGCCCGCACUGUAGCGCUGAUCAGGGAGAAGGGUCUGUCGAGCACCACAAUUUUUGCUGCCUACGCCAAAGACGAACGGGAGGUGGAUAGGGUCUUCCAACGAAUCAUAGGAGAAGGUGGGAUGGGCGUCACGCUCGCCCCCGUGGGCAGCAUCUUGGGGGGCGUGCUGAGUCAGGACAUUUUGAACAGCAUCGGUGGACGAGAGGAGCCAGUGGUCAACUGGUUGUUUCUGAGCAUGGACGGGCUGGGUCAGGCGAACGUGGCUAGGAUCGGCGAGGUGAGUGCGCCGGUAGUGGUCGAUUAG